AUGGUUUGUUCAGUGGAUGAUAAGAGACAAUCGAGGGGUGCUGAUGUUCGUCGUCGUAUAAUUCCAGGCGAAUAUCGCGCUCCAAUUGGAAAAAAAUUUGUUCACAAAACAGUAGAAAAAUCCACGAAAGCGAUAUCAACUCAAAAAUAUUCCGAACAGCAUAGGAAAACGCCAUAUGAUCUAUGGGUUGAUCAAAUUAUUGAUAUGGGUAUUCGGAAUAUAAGACGAGAAUUUGUCACUUCAGUAAGGAUGUAUAAUUCAUCUGGUACAACAAAUGCAUGGGAAGCUGAUAAAAAUUACGAUAAAAAUCGGUACGAAGAUAUUAAAUUAUUGGACAAAACACGAGUGGUACUUAAGGAUACACCUAACGAUGAGGAUUACUAUCAUGCUUCAUACGUACAAAUUAACGAAAAUAUUAAAUUCAUUUGCGCACAAGGACCGUUACCAAAUACUAUUGAGGAUUUUUGGUGUAUGGUUAUACAGGAAGAUUCAAAGGUAAUAAUACAAUUAUGCCAAUGGAGUGAAGACGGCAAAAUUCAAUGUACCGAAUAUUUCCCGAGCAAUGAUUUGGAAUGGAAAGAUUACGGAGCCAUUCAUGUUAAAAUUGUCGAAAAAACUAUAUCUAUGGCACAACUCCGAAAAGUUUACCAAACAAAAAUACAAGUUGUUUAUAAGAAUAAAAAACAUGAGGUAUUGCAUUUAUUGUAUGGUGGUUGGCCCGAUCACUUUGUACCAGAAUCAAUACCGGUAUGUCGUGAAGUGCGGACACUAACACUGAAAUUAUCCGAAAAAAGACCCAUAAUUGUGCAUUGUAGUGCUGGAGUUGGAAGGACGGGCGCAUUUGCAGCCGUAUUUAUGGCAAUUGAUCGGAUUAAACGAACUGAAAAUCUUUCAAUUGCUGAUAUUGUUAAAGAAUUACGUGAUCAGCGAAUGCAUUCGGUGCAAAAUGAUCAGCAGUAUUUAUUCAUCUAUCGGAUGGUUAUCGAUAUUUUGCUAGCAGAGGAUCUAUUGAUUAAAACUCCAGACAUAAUAUCACUAAUCAAGGAAUAUGAUGAUCUUAUUGCGCGGAAACGUCAAGAAAGAAAUCAAAAGAGGAAAUGA